CGCACAAAGUAUUGUAUCAAUUCCUGGUUGAUGUGGAGGCCUCUCUCAGGAUAAACAGGUUCUGCUGAAGUUAUUUUAAUUCUAGCUGGCCUUCAGCGGUUCUGGACGUCCUGCUUCUACUGGAUCAGCAGGAAAAUGUCUCCGGCUUCCUCGUUUCACUCUCAGCUCGCCUCCAUCAUGGAGGUUCUGGCUAACACGGCGGUGGCGGAGAUCUGUGAGCUGGUAGACAGCGGCUACGCGGUGCUGCAGCUCGAGAUCUCCCGCAGCCGCAAGGAGAACGAGGUUCUGCGGAGGAAACUGCGGCUCAUGGAGCUCCGAGCGGCGCGAUCUGCCGCACUCCGAGCCGCCGCGAGCGGCAGCGCGCCGUUUUAUGCUAGCGGCGGCCGCACGCGCGUCAACCAGCGCGUCCACGAGCAGAGGAGGCACGCGCCACCGACAGGAGUUGGAGAAGAGCUGUCCUUGUCGUCCAAUGAGCAGACAUCUCUGAGCAGAGACACCUGUCCACCAUCAGAACCAGUACAGGAGGCUGCAGAGCAGACGCCUGCUGCAGCUGAGAUGUCGACUGUGAUCAAGCUAGAAGAUGAAGAUGAAGACGAGCCGUGGUCCCAGCCUGACCCCCACAAUGGUCUCUGUGGAGUUUCUGAGGAAGAAUCUGAGAAGGAGGCUUCGCCCUCGCCGAUCAAACAGGAAGCAGCAGAUAAAGGAGACGGCGGCUGCGUCUCCUGGACGAGCGGGCAAGUGAGCUCCACCUCCACCCAACAUGUCCUGAACUCCAACCAGAUGCCAGAAACCAGCAGCUUUGACUCCCUGAUGCUGCCGCACACUUCCCAAGAUCCUACAGCGCCAGAACCCGGCAGCUCCUCUGGGUUUAUUCCCAGCAGGAAUGUUUCUUCUGAUUCAGCGAGCAGCGGUGGUUUCUCCCACGGCAAGGUAACUCUGGCUACAGCAGAGCAGCAAGGGGCUCCUCAGAGACAGGCUGCAGGAGGACACGGCUCCUUCUUCAGGUGGCGGCUACAGAGCCGGGCCGACUCCAGAGCGAGGACGUUCGUCUGUAACUUUUGCGGGAAGGGGCUGGCCUGCCUGAAGAACCUGAAGACCCACAUGCGGGUCCACACGGGCGAGAAGCCGUACGUCUGCGCCCUCUGCGGGAAACGCUUCUCAGACUCCAGCAACCUGAAGCGGCACCAGAGCGUUCACACCGGCGAGAAACGCUACGGCUGCGUCCACUGCGGGAAGCGCUUCGCUCAGUCCGGCUCGCUGAAGGUCCACAUGAGCGUUCACACAGACUGCCGGCAGUUUAAGUGCUCCUUCUGCGGGAAGACGUUUACGUCCGGAGGACAUCUGAGGAGACAUGUCGCCACCCAUGUUGGGGAGACAUGACCGGCUGCUGCGUUACCGUGACAACCUUUACAAAAGGCCCCCUAGACAGCAGACAGGAGCUCAGUGGGUUUGCAGUUUAGAUGCUGCAUAUGUUUCAGACCAUCAUCUCUGUGGUUCUAGAACCCGAAACCCAAAUCAACAAAUAGCGAAGUUUACCUUCAUCAGAUCCAGAAAAUGUAUCAGAGGGUCGUUUCAGGUUCAGUUCAUCUCCAGGUUAAAAGAAGACCUGAAGCUGAUGAAACCAAAGAAGGAACCCGAACAUAUGAUUCAUUUUAUCUACAGAAAACUGCUGAACUCUUUUCCUGUCACAGUAACCAUAGAAAGCCCCGCCCCUUUUCACCACAAACCUGUUCAACCCUGGAAAAAGGUCAGACUGAGUGACUGGUGCAGCUAAAGCUUGGAAGGAAAAUGCAAAAAAAAAAAAAAACUGAUGUUUUA